GACACAUCAUUGUUCGUCUGAACUCUACGUAGAUUCUGAUCUGGCAAUUCCAUCCUGUUGCUUCAACACUUCCCCUUGUUUAUCGCUGAUGAAUCUCUAACUUUCAUCUGCGUCUUGGUCGCCGCCACAUCCAUCAUUGUACGCUAGUUUUGAAGUAGCAAGCGAUAGUCCGCCAAACUCCGUAGGCUUCCAGAGGCGUCAGCACUUGAAGUCCAGUGGGAAAACUAUACCAAGUCUCUCUUGAUCACGCCUCUACUACUUUCCAUUGGGUCCAGCAGGCUGCCAACAAUGAAUCCGCUUCCUCAGGUUCAAUAACUCAAUCUCAACUCCACUUGUUCCACAGUCACCAUUAGCGAUUUUUGUUUCCUUACAGCUAAAAGAAAAGGCAUCUCCAUGGCUCCGAAUGACGCUCACUACUCAGAUGACGUUGAGUUAGCCGAUUUCGAUGAGGACGACCCUAUUGCCGAGCACGAUUCACCGCUUCCCCGUCGACCUGGUAUGGACUCGCCGUGGAAACAGCCGCGAUGGCUAACACAGCAAACAAAGCACUGGCGAAUCCCUGAUUCUUUUGUACGAUUAAUUCAACCUAGGCUGACAUGGAGAUACGCCCUGUUCAUCUUACUGUUGCUUUACGUACUCUAUUGCCUGGUCCGAGGGUCCCCGCUGCUGGCUUCAAACCUACCCAAGUAUACCGGCCCUCACGAAGUCGGGGUCAUGGACCUGGAAGUUCCCCUAGAGAAGCCGGUCAUGAUAUCACAAACAGUAUACAAAGAGACGGGGCAGCGCGCUUUCGAGCUCGAGACGGUGCUGUUCAAGCUCUUUUAUCCAGCCGCUAAGGGCUCGCGGUCCAGCAAGCCUUCGCACUACUGGGUUCCUAAGCCUGUCAGCCUCACGGCUCGAGGUUAUGCCAAGUUUGCGUCCAUAGACAACUUCAUCAUGAGACCCAUCAUGACAGCCGCCCUCUGGGCCAUCGCAGGUGGCAUCACCAUCCCAGCCAAGGUCGAUGUUCCCCUCGCGGAGCCUGUCGACGAGGUUGCGUUUCCCAUCAUGGUCUUCUCGCACGGAAUGGCGAGUUCCCGCACAGAUUACACGCACUAUGCCGGCGAGCUCGCCAGUCGCGGCCACGUCGUCGCCAUGAUCGAGCAUCGGGACGGCAGCUGUCCAGGCAGCGUGUUGGUCCGCGCCGAUGGCACGACAAAGCAUAUACUGCACUUCAAGGAAUCCGAACUACUGCCCGCUCCGGAGACGGAGAUGGACACCCCGCGCAUGAAGCGUGAGCAGCUCAACUUUCGUCAGGCCGAAAUCACCGAGACCAUCUCGGUGCUGCGACGGAUCAACUCUGGCCGCGGCGAGCAGACAAGACACGCGAACACGCGCGGGGAGGGCACGCAUCUCGCCGACUGGGAGGGGAGGCUGGACUUCAACCAUCUGGUCAUCGCGGGGCAUUCGUACGGUGCGACGGGUGCGCUACAGGCGCUCAAGCACGCAAAUUCGUCUUCAAACCCAGCAGUCGGCGGCAUAAUUCUCGAUCCAGGAAAAUCGUCCGGGCCCAUGAAUCAUGACAUCGACGUGCCUAUCUUGGUCAUUCACUCCAAUUCGUGGUCGUCGAAGCAUAGCAUCUUUGAGGGGCGCCCGCACUUCGACUACGUCAAGGACUUAGUGGUCGAAGUGCGAGACCGAGUCGGUGCGUCCUGGUUCCUGACGAGUCUGGGCACGACCCAUCCUAGCGUUACAGACGCGCCACUGAUAGAGCCGCUGCUUCUGAGUUGGACGACUGGCGCAACGAUUGAUGUUAGACAGGGUGUGCAAGAAUAUGUCAAGACUAGCGUCGAGCUAUACGCUUGGCUUAAAGACGGGAAGAGACAAGGUCUUCUGGCCGAGGCUGUCACGCACGAUGCGUACGAGCAUUGGGUGAACGAAGAGAGGAAGAACGAAUUUCCGGCCAAGUACAGAAAAUACUGGGAGGUCCACGUUACUCCCGAUCCAGUUCUAAAUUCUAAGGCAUUAUAGAGAAGCGGGUGAGAUCAUGAAGGGUUUCAAAUCUGUACAACUUGCAUAUAUACAUUAUCAUUUUUAACUAUGCUAACAAGCAAAAAUUUUUGCAACUGUGGAUAUGUCGCAUCAGAAGGGGGAUGCUUAAGAACUAGGCAUCGACGUUUGACGCCUUCUGCGUGCGUCGCAUGUAGACGAAAAUAUAUGUAAAGGUGUCAAGAAAGCCAGCCAUCGCUCGUGUCUUGUUGACCUGAUGCCGCGCUAAACUUGCGAGAG